AUGCAGUCCGGGCUGCGCAGGGCGGCCGCUGGUCUGGGCGCGGCGCGGCUGUGCCCCUGCCUCGCUGCCGUGAGCGUCGCAGCGCCUGCGUCGCCCGGGACGGGAUCCGUCGGGGAUGUCCGUAGCUUGAGCACGCGGAAUCCUGCGUGGAACGACCUCGCGCGCCAGGGACCGGGGCCAGCGGCGGUGUUGCAGCACAGGACGCUGUGGGGGUUCGGCUCGGGCUCGGCCGCGAAGAAGGCGCUGGAGGAUUCCCGGCCCGAUGAGAAGGUCGCAGUGGAGACCAGCCUUGACGAUGGGUUCCAGGUCCCGCCGCCGGGUGCUGUGGGCGCGGAGGGCACGAGUGGAGUUCCCCUCGAGCAGGGCCUUUCCGCGAGCGACGGCUCCUCCUUGCAGGACUUCGGCGCCGCUGCAGCAGGUUCCGCUGCCGUGACGGCCGGUGCGGCCGCCCCAGCUGCUGCUGGAACGAUAGACCCGGAGAACCGCGCGCUGCUGUGCGAGUACGCGUGGGAGGCGGCGCGAGACGGCGCAUGGUACACCACGGAGGCGGCUAUGUGGUUCUUCGACACGCUCCACUCCUCGGCGGGGCUGCCCUGGUGGGGGGCGUUUGUGGCCGGCACGCUGGCGCUGCGAUUCGUGCUCGCGCCCGUCACGGUGCGGCAGAUGGCGAAUCAGGCGAAGAUGCAGAAGGCGCAGCCCGAGCUCGAGGCGCUGCGGAACAAGCUCCAGGAGAUGGCGCAGAAAGGCCAGAGGGUAAAUGAGGACACAACAAACUUGGUGAACAAACUCCGCGAAGAACAAAAGGCCAUCUUCAAGAAACACGGGCUGCCGCCGCCCUCGGUCCAGUUCGGCGUCGCCGGGCUCAACAUCCUCGGCUUCGCGAGCUUCUUCAGCGCGACCCGGCGCCUGUGCUCCUCGGAGCAUCCCGACAUCGUGGAGGGGGGGGUCGAGAUCUGGCCCGUCAGCGCGCAGGACCUGACCUCGAUAGACCCCACCGGCGUGCUCACCGGCAGCACCGUCGUCCUCAACUGGAUCGCCAUCGAACUCAUGCUCAGGGACCAGGCCAAGCUCCAGGCCCUGUCGCCGCAGCCGUCGUCCUUCCCCCCCGAAGCCAUGCUAUGGAUUGCGCGCGGCGCGAUCGGUAUGUCCGCCUUCUGGAUCUCCGACUUCCCCGCGGGCGUCCUCCUCACGCUGCUGACGAACGGCGUCUUCCAGCUCACCCAGUCCCUGGCCCUGAAGCCGGCGUUCGUGCGCCGCGCCGUGGGCCUGCCUCUGCUGCCCCACCAGCUGGGCGUGUCCAGCGAGGAGCUGAGGACCGGGGCAGUCUCGGCGAAGGGCGCCGGAGAAGGGGCGGCGCGGGCGGCCGCGGCGGAGACGCUGCAGAGGGCCGGCGGCAUCGAGGGGCUGAAGAGCACACACCAGGUGCUGCGCGGCGGGAAGCCGGUGGCGGUCGGCGCCGGCGCGAAGGGCAGGCCACGCAGCAAGCGGUCGUGA